AUGGAUUUCGAUACGUUGUUUGUACGGUCUGCGAGGCUAGUGUUAUCUCUGCACUCGCCUACAGGCAGUGCAUUACAAGUUCUCAUAGUCCCAACUCGCAAGGCAUUCAGUCCAACAUCGAACGAGCGGACGAUCGCACGCUCCUACGACACGCGCGUCUCUACCCAAAAAUGCGGCGUUGACGACUUCGUUUGUGGUGAUGGAAGAUGCAUCGAAAGUUCUCGCCGGUGUGACAGAGUCGCUGAUUGUUCACAGGGGGAGGAUGAACAGGGUUGCCAAUGCAGUCAAGAUGAAUUCCGAUGUGAAAUCGACUCCACAUGCAUAGAAGGCCGAAAACGAUGUGAUGGAAUACCUCAUUGCAGAGAUGGCUCCGAUGAACAAGGCUGUGUAUCUCGAUUGCUUUACUGGUCUGGCGAUCACGUCUGCAAAGAUAGAGGAAUGUUUCGUUGCGCUAACGGUAGUUGUAUAUCGAUAUUAUUACGUUGUGAUGGUUAUCGUGAUUGUUUACCCGAUGGAAGCGACGAAAUCGAUUGUCCAUGCUCUACUGACCAAUGGCAAUGUGAUCAGGGGAGUUGUAUAAAGCGUUCUAAACGAUGCGACGGUCGAGUCGAUUGUCCAACAGAUAGAUCGGAUGAAAGACAUUGUGUUGUAAAUGAAUAUUUUAAAUGCAGAAAUGGAAAGUUAAUACCACAGUACCAAAGAUGUAAUCGCCAAUACGAAUGCGAUUCCGGUGAUUAUUCGGACGAACAAAAUUGUCCAUGUGGUGAUGGCGACUUCAAAUGUGGAAAUGGUUACUGCAUACCUGCAUCCAAAAAAUGUGACAGAACGCAUGACUGUCAGGAUGGUUCUGAUGAACAGGAUUGCAAUUAUGGCACAGUAAGCAUGGCUUCUCAAUAUAAUUGUUCGAAUGGACAAUACGUUCCCGGGGAGUCUCGUUGCAAUGGAACUACAGAGUGUUUAGAUGGUUCUGACGAGAAACAAUGCCCUUGUAAAAGAGAUCAGUUUCAAUGUCAGGACAAUUCUUGUAUAAACAUCUCAAAAAGGUGUAAUGGUCAAAGGGAUUGUCAACCUUUUGGGGAAGAUGAAUUCAAUUGUGGUGUAGCAGGUUGUCCACCGGAUAGAUUCACUUGCAAUCCUGGGUCAGAAGUACCGUGUGCCACACGUUGCGACGGUCAGCAAGAGUGUUCUGGCGGAGAAGAUGAAGAUGGUUGCUUAGAUUGCAACCACGAGUGCGACGGCAGGUGUAUAGAAGAUCAACAGAUUUGUGAUGAAAUACCCGAUUGCUCAGACGGUUCAGAUGAAAUAAACUGCCCAGAAUGUAACGGUCCUAAUGACUUCAGGUGUCUGAAUAAGGAAUGUAUAAAUGCCGCUUAUCACUGCAACGGUUUGAUAGAGUGUAGAGAUGGAAGUGAUGAACUCAAUUGCACAGCGAUACGCCGUCCCGAACAAUAUGGUUGCAAUGAAAUGAAUCAAUAUCAAUGUCGAGAUGGAAGUUGUAUUGAUAUACAAUUCCUAUGCGAUCACAAUCCGGAUUGUGCUGACAACUCAGAUGAAGAGAAUUGCCCGUGGUACGUAACGAGGCCGUCAAGAUCGCCGUUAGAGAUGACAACCUGCCACGAGUCACAAUUUACCUGUUACGACGGUCGCUGCAUACCUCACAUAAGGCGAUGUGACAAUAUCUAUGACUGUUCGGACUUCUCCGAUGAACAAAACUGUUAUAACUCCGAAUGUGACACCAACGAAUGGACAUGCAUAUCGGGACAAUGUAUUCCCGAAAUAAGAUACUGCGAUGGCCAUCAAGAUUGCAGUGACGGCUCUGAUGAAGCAGAGUGUAUGACGACCUAUAGACCAUUCACCAACCCCCCACCGUUGGUAGGACAGAAGGGUGAUGUGGGCGGUUCUUACUAUCCAUACACCGACCCACCUAGCACUGCUCGUCCCGCUGUCGUCUCAACCUCUCAACGAUACGGAAAUUCAGGUCCUAUUGUAUUGAAUCUCAAAACCUACCCUAAGGAACAAUCUGUUCGCAGCGUACACUCGGGAGGAGAUGUUGUAUUUUCGUGUCGUGAUGAAGGCGACUUAAGAGCUCCAGUUCGUUGGGUCAGGGAAGGUGGAAGACCACUAAAACCUGGCUCAACUGAUAGGAACGGUCGUCUUGAAAUGGAGAAAGUGACGUCUGCUGACAGCGGUGUAUACAUCUGUCAAGUUCCAAGGUAUCUAGGUACGCCUGGAUCUGAAGUAAGGGUCACCCUCACCGUAGAAAAAUACGAACCAUCACACGUUAUACCAUUCCCAAGAUGUAAAAGCACUGAAGCUACAUGCGGUAAUGGACAGUGUAUCGCAAGAACUGCUAUUUGCGAUGGAAAACAAGACUGUAAAGAUGGAUCUGACGAACAUUCCUGUAAUACUAAUGGCCGUUGUAAUCCGAACGAAUUCCAAUGUGCGAACCGAAAAUGCAUAUUAAACUUCUGGGUGUGCGACUCUGAGGACGAUUGCGAAGAUGGUUCCGAUGAACAAAACUGUGGACGUUAUGACCCUAAUAGCAAAUGUUUGCCGGUUGAAUUCGCUUGCAAGAGCAAUGACCAGUGUAUUCCUAAAACAUAUUACUGCGACGGUCAAUAUGAUUGUGCGGAUAUGUCUGACGAAUUAAGUUGCGCUCCUGUAUACAUCACGAAACAACCGUCUCCCGCAAACUUGAGACUGAAUACUGGUGACACUCUUACACUUACUUGCGAAGCUCAAGGAGUACCGGUACCACUCAUAUCUUGGCGUUUGAACUGGCAGCAUGUACCUGAGAAAUGUGUAGCGACAUCCAAAGAUGGAAUAGGAACACUUACUUGCCCAGAUAUGCAGCCCGAAGACAGUGGUGCUUACUCUUGCGAAGGCACCAACAAUAAAGGAUCUUCACUUGCACCACAAGAUUCCAUUGUGUUCGUCAACAGAACCGCAGGAAUAUGUCCUGCAGGUUAUUUCAAUAGCGAAGCCCGAUCACAGAAUGAAUGUAUCAGAUGCUUCUGUUUCGGAAAAUCAACUCAAUGUCAAAGUGCAGAUCUAUUCAUAUUCAAUAUGCCACCCCUGCUUGGAGAAGGAGGAACGAGAUUGGUCGGCGUUAAGUCAUCUCCAUACGGUGAUACUGUUGUUGAAAAAGAUCAAGAAAUCACAAACCAAUAUUACUAUCAGCCUCUUAGAAACGGAGCUAUGGUGACGAAACUCGCUUCGGCUUUUACUAGAAACACUGGUGCUCAUCCGUAUCUGACACUCCCAGAGACUUAUAAUGGAAAUCAAUUGACUUCAUAUGGAGGCAGCAUUAAAUACAGACUAUCUCCACAUAAUCCUCAGAGAUACGUCAUAAACGACAACGUACCAGAUGUUGUCAUUGUGGGUAAAUAUCAAACUCUUGUUCACCAAAGUCGUAGCGACCGGUCAAGGGAUCCUAAUAUUAACGCUCGUUUGACUCCUGGCGAUUGGCAGAAGCCUAGCUCAGUAGGCUUAGUACCGGCUACACGCGAAGAUAUUAUGAUGGCGUUGGAUGACAUAAGCAUGAUUCUUUUGAGAGCCGACUUAAAUAAUGCUGGUGUAAAUAUAACUGAUUUUAAUAUGGAAUCCGCUCAACGCAAUAAUGUUGGCCUGGGAUCGGCUAGUCUUGUUGAAGAGUGCACUUGUCCAAAAGGUUACAAAGGAAGAUCAUGCGAGAAAUGUUCCGAUGGAUAUGAGCGUCAAAGUGGAGGACCAUGGAAUGGAACUUGCGUUCCAAAGCCUCCUUGUCCACCCUUAACAUAUGGAGACCCAAGCAGCGGUGGUGAUUGUAAACCUUGUCCAUGCCCGCUAACCAACCGUGCUAACCAAUUCGCUAGGUCAUGUGCCGUGGGUCCAAGUGGCAAUGUUGUAUGUGAAUGUCAACAAGGAUAUGAAGGCCCAGACUGCAGUUAUUGUGCAUCAAACUACUAUGGUAAUCCUUUGAUUCCGGGCGAUUCCUGUAAACCUAAAGUUGAAGAUAAUUGUAACCCAGUAGGAACAAGCCACAUACGUCCACCUGAUGAAUGUGUCUGUAAGGAAAAUGUUCAAGGAAGAUACUGUGACCAAUGCAAAAAUGGUUCAUUCUAUUUAUCAAAUGACUUUAGACAUGGUUGCGCCUUAUGUUUCUGUUCCGGAGUAUCCCAGGAGUGUCGUAUUAGCAAUUUACGUCGUAAAACUACUAGCGUCCAUUUCAAUGUUCCAAAAAUAGUGGACGAAGUAAAGGUUUACAAGAGCGCGCCGAUCGGUCAGGCUGGCUCAGUGAGAUAUAACAUACCGAUCGAAACAGAUUUACAACCAGAACUUUACAAUAACGAAAUAAGUCUAAGUGCCUAUGAACGUUCACAACCUUCCAUCUUUUACUGGAGUCUUCCUAAUAGUUUUGCUGGAGAUAAAGUAACAUCUUAUGGUGGCAAACUUAACUAUGAACUUAAACAUAUUUACUCUCCGAGUGGACAAAAUACGGCAGCCGAUGUACAAUUGAUUAGUGAGAAUCGUCUGACAUUCCAUUACUUUGGUAACUUCGUCCCGGACAGUGAUGGUUACUUGAAUGCAACCGUUGAAUUCUUAGAAAAAGGAUGGCAAAGACCGGAUGGUAAACAAGUGUCAAGAGAACAUUUCCUUCUUGCAUUAGCUGAUGUAAAAGCAAUCUUGGUCAAAGCUACAUAUUCUUCAGACGUCGAUUUAGCUUCAAUAGUUAGCGCUAGUAUUGAAACCGCAGAACCCAACGGCGAUGGUCCUUUGGCACAACAUGUUGAACAAUGUGUGUGCCCCAGAGGUUACGUUGGAACAUCUUGCGAAGACUGUGCUCCUGGUUUUACAAGGAGUUCAAGUGGCAUCUACCUGGAACAUUGUGGGCCUUGUGAUUGUAAUGGACACUCCUCCAAUUGUCAUCCAGAAACGGGAGUUUGCUAUGACUGCCGCGACAACACCGAUGGACCAAACUGUGAAGUCUGCAAGGAUGGCUACCAGAGAGAUCAAUAUAACAACUGUGUUCUUCAGAAUCCUACAGUUAGGCCUUCCUGCAAUUGUGAUCCACGAGGCGAAGAAAUACCAUGUGAUGAUUUAGGAAGAUGCUCUUGUAAACAAAAUGUUGAAGGAGAAUUCUGUGAUCGCUGUCGGCCAGGAACGUUUGGUUUGGAUGAAAAUAACCCGCUGGGCUGCCAUUCUUGUUACUGUUCUGGUGUCACAAGUGACUGUCGCGAAGCUAAUCAUUACAUCAGAGUAUCUUUGGGUGCUCCGAUAUUUGACGAGAACAAUGGUGGAUACACGCUUAUGAAUAUCAAUGCGGACCAAGUCAUUAAUGAUCAAUUCCAAUCGGCUCCGAAAGAAAGUGAACUGACUUACAUCUUUUCGCAACAACCUGUUAGUGGAGAGGAUCUUUAUUGGUCAUUACCCGUUUUCCCAGGUAACAGAGUAUUAUCUUACGGCGGAACAUUGUCGUUGACUCAAAAAUUCGAGUCAAACCGUGAUCUCACUUCUUUACCUGGUACUGAUGUUGUUCUCGUUGGCAAGGAUAUAUCAGUUUACUGGAGAAACCCUGUACCAAUAAGAAGCGGUGUAGCACAAAGUUACCAAGUACCAUUACGUGAAAAUGAGUGGUUCAUACUGAAUACUGCUAACAGAGCAAGUCGCUUUGAUUUCAUGUCCGUACUAAAGAACCUUAAUAGGGUGUUAGUACGAGCUACUUUAAAUCCAUAUAUCUACUCUACUUCAAUCGCUGAUGUAUCAAUGGAUACCGCUGCUGAGGGAUCUGAUCUAACGUCGCCUGCAGCCAGAGGUGUUGAGCUGUGUAUAUGUCCUGAAGGCUACGCUGGAACAAGUUGCGAACUCUGUGCCCCUGGGUAUUACAAAGAUCGAUCAGAUAGAUGUCAACGGUGUAACUGCAAUGGCUAUGACUGUCAACUGAGUAGUUACGACCAAGUCAUCUGUAACUGCCCCCCACCUUACACUGGACCGGACUGCUCAACUGUCGGCCUGAUCAUGGAACUUCACCCAACUAUACACGAUCGCUUUCCAAAUUCAUCGGUAGUCAAUGUUGCAUUUACAUGCAAAUAUAGAGCACCAGAACCUUUGAGCAUAAAAUUUUACUUCGAGGGAAAGGAAAUAAAGCCCGAAAAACAUUUUUCGGAAUCGAUAUUAUACAAAGACGGCUGGCGAGGUGAACACGUAUGGCAUACUCUCUGGAAUACAAAACGGCAAGGGGAAAUCUAUGAGUGCCGAACUGUUACUGAAAAAGGAUUUACAUUAGGUGUUUUGUCUACCACAUUGCCAGAGAAAGGUGGUGACUCCAGUGUUGAUGUGACCACACGUCCACCUCCUCCUCAAAGUUCCGUUGUUGUGAAAAUCAGCUUACCCACAAUUAAAAUUCAAGAAGUGGGCAGCACUGUCAACUUCACAUGCCAAGCUCAAAGCCGAAUGGCUCGAAACAAUUUGAAAAUAAACUGGUACAAGGCUGAUGGCAAUCUGCCGCAAGAUCGAACCCAAAUCGACGAAAGAACAGGUCUUCUCCUUAUUACAAACUUGCAAGUAUCUGACAGCGGUAAAUACAUUUGUGAGACAAGUGAUGGAUUUUCAACCGCCCAAGCUAUUGCCACUCUAAAAGUGCCAGUUGUGCCGGAUUGGGUAUUUUACGCAAAAGGUAAUGACAUGACUCUGCCUAGAGUAUCCAUAAGUCCUUCAGUACAAGAAUAUUACGAAGGAGACAGAGUUGAACUUAAUUGUGAAGCAACCGGCAAUCCUGCUCCAAGAAUUAGUUGGCAAAGGGCAUCCACUCUUGCCUUACCGCGGGCUAUGGAAACCUUCGGAAAUUUACUUAUAUUAGAAAGCGCAAAUGAAGAAGAUUCUGGAGAAUACAGGUGUAUAGCAACAAACACAGCUGGAACCACUCACCGGACUGCAUUUAUAACUGUUCGUCGUAAGCCAACUUCACCUCGUGAAAAACUGUCUGUUCUAUCACCUUCUUCGCAAAUCAACGAAGGACAAAGUGUCACGAUAGCUUGCACUGGAACCCCGAGUAUACCUGCUGGUACCAUUGAUUGGGUCAGACAAGAUGGAACUCCACUACUUCAAAACGUCCGAUCAUCAAACGGUGUGUUAUAUAUAAAUAAUGCAAUCAUAGAAAAUCAAGGUGUCUAUAUCUGUCAGACAACAUCAUACCAGAUUGAACCAGUGCUUGUCGUCAUAACCAUAGUUCCAUCAAUAGUGCCAACGCAAAAUCCAAAUGUGACAGUGGCAGUUAGUAGCCUUACAAUUCCCACAGGAGGUAUUGGCAAAAUUGAAUGCGAACCAGUAGGAUACCCGCUACCCUUAAUCAGAUGGUCUAAGUUCCAAGGCUCCUUCGGAUCAGGUACAAGUCAGAGGGAGAAUGAGCUCAUCAUAUCAAAUGCUCAAGACAGUGAUGAAGGAUAUUAUCUUUGCGAAGGAACAGUCGACAAUACACCAGUAGCUCAGACAUACGUCUACGUUGAUAUCGAGAGACGUGAAGCGCCUUCUACACAAAUAUAUCCAUCAGGGGAAAAUUCUGUAGCACUUGGAAGUCAAUUUGAACUGCAAUGUAGAGUUUCUGGCAUCCCGGCACCCGUUGUUACAUGGAGUAGAAGUGGAGGCAGACCAUUACCAAGGCAUAUAGAAAUUGUGCAAGAUAACAGACUCAGGUUUAAUACCAUCGAGGUUAACGACGAGGGCAAAUACACGUGUACAGCAACCAAUGAUGUUGGUUCGACUAGUGCAACUGCUAUUGUUAGGGUUCGAUCUCCUCCAGAAAUAACCAUCACACCGAACACCUACAACCAAGUUAUUAGAGACGAUAGUCUUACCAUUGAAUGCCGCGCUGAUGGUCUUCCUGAACCGAUGGUGUCCAUAAGAUCAAGUUCAGACUUCCGUGAAAUAGUACCACCGACUCCAAGGAAAGCCAUUUUAUCUAUACGGUAUGUGAAGGAUAGUGAUGACGGUGAUUAUAUAUGCACAGCGACAUCCGCAGCUGGUGUAACCGAAGAGCAAUUUGCUAUUCGUGUAGAAAGAGGUGAUGGUGGAACUGGCGAUUAUGAUCAAGGCAGUGGCGAUGGUGAAGAUCCGAAUAUUGACACCCAACCAAGUAGCAUGAUAGCAAUCGAAGGACAAGUAGCUCGAGUCAGUUGUAACGCUUCUGAAUAUCGAGUUUCAUGGAGUCGCUCAGAUAGACGUCCAUUACAACAUAAUGCUGAAGUUAUUGGAAAUGAGCUUAUUAUCUACAAUGCUUCGAAGAGUGACGCUGGGCGGUACGAAUGCACCCUAUUGAAUCCACGCACUGGUGAAGUUCAACAUUCCAUACAUACUGCACUGCAAAUAAUGGCUCCACCGAAAAUAACGCUUCGACCACCAACACAAACAGUACAUCCCGGUCAAUCACCAAUCGUCGAAUGUGUCGUUGAAGGAGACGAUAUCAUGAGAGUCUCUUGGAGACCCCUCAACAGAAUGAAUUCGAGCCGCGUUGAAACUCAUGGUCCUACAUUAAUCUUCCAUCAAAUUGAAGUAGAGGACGCCGGUGACUACGAAUGUUUUGCAAUGAAUAGAAUAGCAAACGCUACCGCCGUCGCCAAAGUGAUAGUAAGCGAAGAAACUGAUCGCACGACAUCGGAGUCCCAUGAUAACGAGCAGUACGCGCAUGUUGGGGCUGCUGUGCAUCUCAGCUGUAAUGUCACGCAGCCCGGGUAUAGGAUCCGUUGGACGAAGGACGGCAGAUCCCUGCCUCGAUCAGUGAGCCAAAAGAAUGAUGGCUCGCUUUUCAUCCGACUUGCCCAGAAAUCUGACACCGGUCGCUAUGUCUGUAUCAUAAGAGAUGCAUACGGAAGACAAACUACUAAUUACAUCACUCUACACAUCGAGGGUAUUGAUUGCUUGCCAAACCAGUUUCGUUGUUAUGAUGACAGCAGUUGUAUAGAUGAAGAUCUUUUGUGUGAUGGAUACAGCGAUUGUUUGGAUUUAAGUGAUGAAUAUAAUUGUACAUCGAGAGAGAAGCGCUUGUCAACGAGACUUGUGGAUUCCAAAAAAAACCCUUCCGGUCCACGUGAUCAGGUGCCUUCAUUAAUUUCAAUUGAAAGACCACGAGGAUCAAUAAGGGUCGGAGAAAAUGUUAAAAUUUUAUGCAGAGCUGGUUCCAGAGACGUAAGAGUUUCCUGGGAGAAAUUUAAUACGAACGAAUAUGUACAGUCUAGGCCAUACGACAUUGGUGCAAUUUUGGAAAUACCUGGUGUGCAACAAUCAGAUGCCGGAGUUUACAGAUGUAUCGGACAAAACAGUUAUGGACAGUCAUCCUACGAAGAUUUUAAUCUUGAAGUAUUAGGAUCAAGUGAACCGACCUAUCCCAAUACUGGUAGUGAUUUGACACUUGAAGCUCGACUGGGAGAAAAUGUCAAUCUUCAGUGCACUUCUAGUUUAGGGGAACCAGCGUUCGCUGAAUGGAGAAAAGAGUACUCACAACUACCAGCAAGUGCUAGAAAAAUUGGGCGUAACCUUUAUGUAGAAAAUGUAACAGAAGCGGAUGCCGGUACAUAUAUAUGUAGGGUGUCAAAUCAACGUGUGAGACAGGAGUCUAAAGUGAUACUGAAAGUUAUAGGCGUCAUCCCCAAAUUUAACGGAGACGGCUGGCUAGCCUUGAAUACCUUAAACGAUGCUCACAUGAAAUUUACCAUCGAAAUAUCAUUCAAACCUUCUGAUCCGAACGGAAUUAUUCUCUUCAAUGGUCAAAAUAGGGAAGGAGGUGACUAUUUGGUUCUGCAAUUAGUUGAUGGGGUACCCGAAUUCAUCCUGAAAUACGAUUCAUCAAAUCCACUCGUUGUUACCGGAGAUCCACCAUUGCAACUUAACGCUUGGCAUACCAUUCGGUUGAGCAGAAGUGGAUCCAGAGUGACAAUGGCUGUAGAUAAUACCACGCCGUUUGUUGUCGAAAUGCCCAACGCGUAUGCAGUAUUAGAUUUGUCCGGACCUUUAUAUAUCGGAGGAUUACCAGAGCAACAUCCAAUUGAACUUGAAGGAUCAACUGGUUUCAUCGGAUGUGUGAGCAUGUUGAUAAUAGGUAACGAAGAAAAGAAUAUCAUGGGAGAAAAUAUAGCCAAAUCUAACGUGAAGGAAUGCAAUUCGUGUACACCAAACCUCUGCUUGAACAAUGGCGUUUGUCAGGAAGCAAGAAACGAGCGAGGUUACACUUGUCUCUGCGCCGCUGGCUACGCUGGCUUGAACUGUGAUCGUACCGGUGAAGCAUGCCGGUAUGGUCUUUGUGGACCUGGGAAAUGCAGUGACACGGCCGAUGGAUACAAAUGCGCUUGCCCAGUUACAUAUACAGGCAGAAACUGUGAAAUAAAACAAAACAUCGAUUACCCGGCCUUCACUGGAAGCGCCUAUCUGGCUAUCAAACCACCGAAGACCUCUCGAUUCCUCCGUAUGUCUAUGAAGAUCAAGGCAAAGCCUCCAGUCACUGAUGGUAUUAUAAUGUACUGCGCUCAAUCCACUCGCGGAUACGGUGGAUUCACUUCUCUCGCUGUACACAACCGCCGUCUAGAAUUCCGUUACGAUCUGGGAUACGGAACCGAACCGAUAGUUCUGAUAAGCAACAGAAGCCUCGAACCCCAUACAUGGACGGACGUCAGUAUUGCAAGAGUUGGAAAAGUUGUCUCCUUGAAAAUAAACAUGAACGAAAACUAUGAAGCUAAACUGGGAUCUACCAAGGAACUUACUCUAGACACGCCAAUGUUCGUGGGUGGUGUCGAUGAUUCGAUAUACUUGAACAAUAAUACCGGCGUCACAGGCGGAUUCAGUGGAUGCAUUAAAGAUGUAACUCUCCACGGUGAUCAACUGGAUCUCAUAAACGCAUCGAUCCAAUCUGCAAAUGUACAGGAAUGUGUUAACUAUGAACGAGGAGAUAUAUCUUCGGACGAAGAAAUCUGUAGUCAAUGCCGCAAUGAAGGCUAUUGUCUGGAUGCUGAACAAACUUCCUGCACUUGCCCCGCUGGUUUCACCGGUCAGCUCUGCGAAAUACGAGUACCUUUGGGUCGUCAAAUAGACCCAUGCGCAUCUUCGCCUUGUCAGAACGGCGGUACUUGCAAAAUUGAUAGGAGCUCUAUCGUAAACUAUACCUGUGACUGUCUUCUUGGAUACACUGGUCCCAGCUGUCAAACAAUGUUCCAACCACUGCAAAGUGUUGGAUUCAGUGGAAAUGGAUAUUUGGAGUUACCGGCUAUAUAUUUAAGAUACGACCAACUUGAAAUCGAACCUGCACUCAUAGCCCUUGCUUUCCAUACACACCAAGAUGGUAUACUAUUAUACCAAAAAGAAGCUCAGAGUUCCUACCAAGGCGACUAUGUCCUAUUAAAGGUGGAAGGAGGAGCGGUCGUUAUGGAAUGGGAUGCUGGCAGCGGAAGCAAUAGAAUUGUAAUUGACGAUGUCCUUGUUUCUGACGGAGAACGCCAUCAGAUAAUCGUCAAAUUCUACGAAGACAGACGUGUCGAGCUAAACGUCGAUACGGUGACGAGAAGUGAGGUGACCGCUGGUAUAUCCAACGUCAUGAACGCUGACUCAAACAUAUAUAUAGGUGGAAUUCCCGAAUUUUUAAAGAGAGAUGUCAACUUCCCUGGACUAGUAGGUUGUAUAGAACAGGUAGAAUUCAGGAGAGGACGCGGUGAAAAUCUUGGUAACAUUGCCGUAGCUGGUAGAAAUACUCAGCAGUGCAAAGAUUCCAUGUUCCCUGAUGUAUAUCCCUUCUUCGAAGAGAUCGAAGUAUUUGAAUCACCCCCACCUAAUUACCAAUUCAAUUCUCAUAAUAGGCCCAAACCUUAUGGUGGUCUAUUAUUUGUCUUGCUACCGUCCUUUGUGAGCUUUAUAAUAAAUUUAUUUAAAGAUCUGCUUAUACUUUAUCUGCUACUUCCGAGACGACGAUCUUCUUAG